AUGAAAGUUUCUACCUUUUUCAGCAUCUCUGCUAUCGCUGCGAAACGAGAUAAAAUAAAACUAUCUCAAAGUCGACUUUCUCUUGAGUCGACACAAGGUCGUCAGUUCACUGACUGUGGCGGCCUCUUUGAGUUUACCAAGGAAAUGACGAGUGUUGAGAUUUUCUCUCCAGUUGAUCCGGAGGAUGCAACAGUCUACCCACCAAACGCCUCUUGCGAGUGGCUUCUUCAGGAUGAGUGUGCUGAUAGUUUUACAAUCAAUGCAAUCAAACUCGAUAUUGAAGGACACGAAAGAUGCGUUUGGGACUACCUUGCGUUUGCAAAUCAGGAUCGAACUUAUAACGCUACUUUCUGCAAUGAUUACAAUGACUACUACGACUACAGCGAUGACGACUCCGAAUUUCACGCGCUCAAAGAAGGCGGUGAAAUCGUCAUUCCAGGAAAUUCAAUCAGCAUCACUUUCAUUUCUGACGGAGUAGUACAGCAAGAGGGAUUCAAGAUUUCAGUUAUUCCAAACCGACCUGAAGGCUCAGAAUGCACCCCAAAUAUAAACGAGCCAGUCUGCAAAUUUCCAUACAACAGUGAUGGCUCUGUGAUGAUGAAAACCUGGGACAUCUCAACGCAUGAUAAACUCGUUCCGUUCUCGAAUUACGCCGACACAUUUGAACAGGAACCUCUUGAAGAUGUUGAGUGGCAUAUGCAAGAAUGCGCAAAUAGAUGUGUCGCAACUCCGGGAUGUUUCAAAUUCAAGGUUGGACAAAAUUGCAUUUUACGUGGAAACAAAAUGGAAGAACCAAGAUUUCAAAGUUAUGCUAUCAAUGGAGAAGAUUGCCCUUCUGACCCCUCGAAUCGUCUCUGGAUCGAUAGAAAAGCAACGACUCAAGUUUUCUGCAAUUUUUCUGGAGUUGAAAGCGCCGAAGAGUAUUUGGAAUAUCUCCGUUCCAAAAAUCAACAAAUGACAAAAUGGAAUGUUACUGAUGUAGACGGACAUAAUGGGGCGCUUACGACGCGAAAAAUGACUCGAAGGUGGACAUUUUCUCAGGCAACAGAACGACCAGCAACCUGGGGUCAAUGGUAUACCUUCGUCACGACUAUUUUCUUCCGCGACUAUCUUGUUCCAGUCAACGCAACGGCAACAGCAACUACACAACAACAGAGGAAAAGAAGACAAGCCGAAGAAAAUGAAGAACUCAUCGCCAUAGCGAAUCAAGAAGUCCAAGCCUUCAUUGCCAACCUCGAGAUCGGAGAUGACGUAGAAGUUCUCGAAACAGAAGUGUCCGAGAUUGAGCUUGAAAACUUAGAUCCAAUCGACGAUACUGAUACAAACCAAAUGAUUUAUGCUUACUCAAGCAUAAGAGCUCUUCUUGACUCGUCAAUGAAAUCAAAAGGGACUCGACGACAGCCGCAGAAAAUGAAACAGUUCGACCACGUGAAUCGUCGAUUUUCCUGGAUGUACGAUCACAUCAGCGACGACUGUGAAAUUCCGACUGAUUCAAUUUUUGGCACUGAGAAAUGGACCAUUCCAGAAAUCAUGGAAGAGAAUAUCUGUAGCAGUUUUGUUUCUUUGAUGGAAUCAACAAUGUUGUUCUACGACCACAAAGUCUGCUUGGAUCACAUCAAUCUCAAAGAAAACAGAAGAGCUCGACGAAGAUAUGAGAGAAUCGAGUCUGAUUUUUUCCGAUCGAAAAAGGUCUUUAAUCGACUUCUCAGAGGACUCAAGUGCGAAGAACAGCUAGAAACUAAUUAA